GUUCCGAUUAAGAACAAAUUAUAACGAUCCACAGACGAAAUAGCGCAUCAUCGUCAUCAUCAUCUCCGACAAACAGAUCGACGAUCUUUCUCUGGUGGUGGAUGGCAAGAGCGAACAAGUAUACCUCCAUAAACUUCAAUCACAUCCACGAAAAGAGUACUUCCAACAACAAUACAAACCCAACGAAGCACCAAACGUCCUCGGCUUCCUCUUUCUAUUCUGCAGUUUCCUCCCCGAACGGUUUGAGUAACGCCACGACCAGGACCCAUGGCCGUAUGCUUGUCCUGACCCGACCCACUUCCAAACCAAUAACCACGCCUCCACCCUCUCCUUCCCCGCGGGCCCCAUCGCCCCAGCAGAAGGUUCAAGUUCAGCCUCGAUCUGAACCGGAAUCCAUAUCUUUGCGUCCUUUGGGUCGAAUAGGAGCGGGUUCGGGGAUUUCUGUGCCGGUUCUUGGUCAGGAGAAAGAGAAAGAGAAAGAGGUUGGUGCGGUGGUGGGGUCACCGAAGCCGAAUCGGUUUGUACCGCCGCAUCUUAGACCUGGGUUUGUGGGCAAGGAAGAGAGGCCGGGACCUGAAGUUUUCCGGGCGAGAGAGCCAAGUCAGAGGCAGCAGGGAAAUUUCGGGUCUCCAGGGAGGAAUAAUGAGAAUGGUCGGCCCACGUCAGGUGGGCAUGAGAGAAUGAGGGUUGGGGAGUCGGAUCUGGGGUUGGCUAGUCGACCCAGAUCGAGUGGAAACCGACCAAGUUCCAGUGGAUGAUAUAAUUAAAAGUACUGAGUCUUCUCCUAUGAUGAUGAUGAAACUUCCUCAAACUGAAGAUAUAUUCUUUUACCAGGAUGACUUUACUGUAUUUUGGCCUUAAUUUCCAGUAACAUCUGUAGUGUUUUAAUUACUGGAAGAUAGAAUUCAAGUUAGCAUUGCCUUUUGGGUAUCAACCGAGAAGCUCUCGAGCAAAACAGCUCUAUUGCUGGCUAGUUGACUCCAUUCUGUUUAUAGAAGAAACUCAAAAGAGGAAUUGACGUAUAGAAUGAUGCACUCGUAUGAUUUUUACAAUUUAUUUGGAGGCAAGUAUUAUGUUCCAAUCUUGCCUUUUUUUUUUUUUUUUUUAAUGAUGUAUUGCCUUGUAUGUAAAACAACUUUGUCAUCUGAAAAUGUAUAUUCUCUAAACUUUGACUCGGAAAAUGUAUUACUGAGAGUGAAGGAGGACUGCCUGUUGCCUCUUGG